AAACUUCUGUCAUCCCACUCAGUCGACCAUCAUCUUCAGUCGACCGAGACAGCCACGAUCGUCGAACCACUCACAAGGAACGCCAUCUCUUUGAAUUUCAGGUGUCUGGAAUGGAAACUGACAGGGAGACAUAUGAGAAAGCAAGGAUGCUGAAGGAAUAUAUAGCAAAUAUCAGGGCUGCAUACACGAGGGAUUUUACAAGUGAAGAUGAAGUAAAGCAGCAGAAAGCAGUUGCCACCUAUCUGAUUGAUAAAGUUGGUCUCCGCUCUGGAACUGAGAAGAAUUUUGGUACAACGGUUUUUUAUGGUUGCUGCGCGAUUAAAGUAGAGAAUGUAAGAGCAAUCCCUCCGAGCUCAUUGGAGUUUGUCUUCCAAAUAAAGGAUAUAACAUCGAAAAUUACUCUUGAAGUUGAGCUUCCUGUUUACAAGGCAAUUCUACAGUUGCGGACUGGGAAGUAUGAGGAUGAUUAUCUCUUUGACAAAUUGGAUACCACUAAAUUGAAUACACAUCUAAAUGAGCUGAUGCCAGGCCUUACAUUUGAAGUGUUUUGUAUAUACAAUACAUCUGUAACUUUGGAGAACAUGCUGAACAAGGAAAAUAUAGAGGGAGAUCUCUCUGACAUAAAUAAAGUUUUUUCACAUGCAUAUAAUCAGGUUUCUCCUGUCAUUCAUAGCAAUGCAACUACUUGCACUACUGUGAUGGGUGUAAUGCGCCACAAUGCGAGGCAGAUUGAUAAACUUCAGGGCACUUUGGAGCAGCUUAAAAAAGAUUUGGCCAAUGCAGAAGAAGGGAAGCUACUCAAAGAUGCUGAAGAGGAGAGAGAGUUGACAGAGCUACCGGAGUGGAAGAUAGCUCGCACAGCAUUUUCAAUUAGACAGCUGAAACGGAGAAUGGAGGAGGGGCCAAGACCAUACCCGUUGACGUCCAUGAUUGAAUACUGUUAUGACCCUAGGAUCGCUGUUGCGUGGUGCAGGCGUAAUGGAGUUCCUGUUGAGGAGACUAUCCCCACGGUCAGAUUGACACAGUGUGCCUGGGCAUUGGAUGUGGGCCCUGACUUCAGAUUCUGAAACUUAGAAAAGGUUGUUAUGGGUGUGUUUGUCGCAGAAAUAGAGACGUUGUACUAA